UGUUUUGCCAGGCUGCAGAAAGGGAGGUAAAACCACUGACAACUUUCGCUUUCUUUUCUCAAAUUUUCGGAAUUUUCGGUUCAAAAUUUCAUUGUUAUCUUCUCCUUCGAGUAUUCUAGUGAAUUUCAAUCAUCACUGAUCAAGUGACUCCGUAAAUUUGACACCAUGAAGAUGAAGAACAUUAACAAUUCAUCCGACCAGAAUAUCGAGGAAUCUGACGAUGACGAUACUUCCAGCGUAGGGAGUGCAAAUACAGACACCAGUAAUGCUACACCAACGUACAGAAGUAGAAAAAAUCGUAAAGGGAGAUCGAAACACAGUAUAACUAAUGCAUCAAAAUUGCAGUAUAAAUUCUCAUCUAGCUAUAAAGAAGAUCAUUCUCAGCCAUUAUUCAGUGUACUGUUCAAUCAUUUGAUCAAAGAACCACUUAUCUUUGCCACAGUUGGAAGUAAUCGUGUUUCAGUUUACGAGUGUUUGGAUAAUGGGAAAAUGAAACUUCUACAAUGUUACGCAGAUCCUGCAGUUGAACCAGAGGAAAAUUUUUACACGUGUGCGUGGUCGUACAAUAGUGAAAAUCAUAAACCGAUUCUCGCAGUCGCUGGCUAUCGAGGUGUGAUUCGUAUCCUGAGCAUAAGCACCCAGAAUUGUAUUAAAGAUUACACCGGUCACGGGAACUCGAUAAAUGAGUUGAAAUUUCAUCCCGAAGAUACCAAUUUGCUACUUUCAAUAAGUAAAGAUCAUACUUUGAGACUUUGGAAUAUCAAAACGGAUGUGUGUAUUGCGAUUUUCGGAGGAGUAGAAGGGCAUCGUGAUGAAGUACUUUCAGCUGAUUUCGAUUUAUCAGGAACUCGUAUCAUGUCUUCCGGAAUGGAUCAUUCGUUAAAGUUAUGGCAAUUAGAUACCGAAGAUGUUCGAACAGCUGUGACAAAAUCGUACGAAUUUAUCGCGUGUCGUUCAUCGCGACCUUUUCAAACUGCCGAGGAACAUUUCCCAGAAUUCUCUACGAGAGAUAUUCAUCGUAAUUACGUGGACUGCGUUAGGUGGUUCGGUGAUUUCGUGAUAUCUAAAUCGUGUGAAAACUGCGUGGUAUUUUGGAAACCAGGCCGUGGUGAAAAUGGCGAAACGAAGAACAGCGAUAAUAACGUAUCUAUUAUACAUAAAUUGGAAUUGAAAGACUGCGAAAUUUGGUUUAUACGAUUUUCGAUGGAUUAUUUUCAAAAAAUCUUAGCUUUGGGCAAUCAGACUGGAAAAUUAUUCGUGUGGGAUUUAGAUGUUAACGAUCCUUCGAGUAUUCGUCCCGUUGUAUUGACGCAUCCUCGGUGUACUUCGGCUAUCAGACAGACGAGCCUGAGUCGAGAUGGAUCUGUUUUAUUGGCAGUUUGCGAUGAUCAGACUAUUUGGCGUUGGGAUAGGGUAGCAUCGUGAGGAGUAUUUUUUUUCUUUCUAUAAUUGACGUUUAUCGUAAUGAAUCAUUGUGUUUGAAGGCAUUUUUAUAGUUGAAAUUAUUUUAAUGUAAGGAUAUUUAUUUUUAUUUAACAUCGUGUAAAAAAUAAAAUGUGAUAGAUUUUUAUUUGUGUAGGUUAUGUUAUAGUUGAAUAGUUCAUGUUUGUGAGA